CAACAAUCACUGUACGGGACGUUUUCUCAUCCUCCAUUGUCCUGUUUCUCAGCGCUCAUUUUGUUACUUCCUUUCGAGAUGCCACCGAUCCCCUCCGUCGGGGCGCUGCACGCCUUCCGUGCUCUGACUCGCAGCGGCACCACCACCCUCGCCAACAAGACCUCGACGCGGUACUCGUCUCCCACGCUGCUCCGAGGAACCACCACACCCAUCUUCCAGACCUCGCCGUUCUCCGGCACCGCGCGGCGGCCCAUGACGCUCAACCAGGUCCGCACCCAGGGCCGCCGACCGAAGAAGGCGCGCCACGCCGUCUCACCCGCCCUCGCCGCCGAGAACCGUCCCGAGAUGAAGGGGGUGUGCCUGAAGGUGGGAAUCACCAAGCCCAAGAAACCCAACUCGGGCCAGCGCAAGACCGCCAAGGUGCGCCUGUCCAACGGCAAGAUCGUGUCGGCGUACAUCCCCGGCGAGGGACACAACGUCCAACAGCACAGUGUGGUUCUGGUCCGCGGUGGGAGGUCCCAGGAUUGUCCCGGUGUGAGAUACCAUCUCGUCAGGGGUGCUUUUGAUUUGGGCGGUGUACCGAGUCGAGCUAGAAGUCGAAGUAAAUAUGGCACGAAGAAGCCCAAGGCUGCAUAAGCCCGAACGCACGUCAAAAUCCUCUUUUUCUUACUUUAUACAACCUACACCAACCCUUCGACAUACUUGCUUCAACGUGAAGGCUUGGCUGGGGACGGGACAACUCAUAAAAAUGUUAUAACCACGAGGCAAGCCGUGUAGGAUAGGAAGACAAUCGAAUGGAUACCAGAAAGGAAUGGGUACGAGGCCGACGUCGAUUAUAGAGGUCGAGCACCGGGCUGUUCUAACGAAUGAUCUUCUCCUUUCCUUUCUCGGUCUCGGUAUGGAUGCUUUGUCGACAUUGAAGAAGCAGGCAAUGACAAGUGGGGUCCCAAGAUUGCCUGCUCCUGCUGGAACAGUCAGAACCUGGGCACGGGGUUGAACUGGGCUUGAAGAGGCUGGCUGUCAUACGCGGGCAGAUAUCCAACGUCGCUUCUUCUCACAGCGUCACUUUACAGAGUAGCAAACCGAGGCGGACGAGGCUCACAAGGAUAAAUCAUGCCUUCGCUUUUGCAAACCAUGCGUGUUAAGGUUAUGGUGUCUAUGUAAAAUAUACCCGGACCUGUUGUACAUUACGCCUCAUUAAUGGAGUAAAAGAAAUCCUCCUCAAUAUAGGCUGGCAGCUUCAAAGGUGUGCUCAGGAAGAGAGGGCAAAAGCCCUGACUAG